AACACAUCAUCAUCAUCACCACACAAGUUGGAGUAAAAGAGUGUGAGAGAGAGAUAGAGUGAGCCAAAAAAUGGAGGGAAAGGAGCAAGAUGUUUCACUGGGAGCGAACAAAUUCUCAGAGAGGCAACCCAUUGGGACUGCGGCUCAGAGCCAAGACGACGGAAAGGACUACCAGGAGCCUCCGGCGGCUCCACUAUUCGAACCCUCUGAACUCACUUCUUGGUCCUUCUACCGUGCCGGAAUAGCCGAGUUUGUAGCUACUUUUCUUUUUCUCUACAUAACCAUCUUAACCGUCAUGGGUGUCAAUAGGUCCGCUUCCAAGUGCGCAACCGUUGGCAUUCAAGGCAUUGCUUGGGCCUUCGGUGGUAUGAUCUUCGCUCUCGUUUACUGCACCGCUGGAAUCUCAGGGGGACACAUAAACCCGGCUGUGACAUUCGGACUCUUCUUGGCGAGGAAAUUGUCGUUGACCAGGGCACUGUUCUACAUGGUGAUGCAGGUUCUGGGUGCUAUUGUUGGUGCUGGUGUGGUCAAAGGUUUCGAGGGAAAAACCUUCUUCGGCCAACACAACGGUGGUGCCAACUUCGUUGCCCCUGGUUACACCAAAGGUGAUGGACUCGGUGCUGAGAUUGUUGGCACCUUCAUUCUUGUCUACACCGUUUUCUCAGCCACUGAUGCCAAGCGUAACGCUAGAGACUCACACGUUCCUAUUUUGGCACCCUUGCCCAUUGGGUUCGCUGUGUUCUUGGUGCACUUGGCCACCAUCCCUAUCACUGGCACCGGUAUCAACCCUGCACGAAGUCUCGGUGCUGCCAUCAUCUUCAACAAAGACCUUGGCUGGGAUGAUCACUGGAUUUUCUGGGUUGGACCCUUCGUUGGAGCCGCUCUUGCGGCUCUGUACCACCAAGUCGUAAUCAGAGCCAUUCCCUUCAAAUCCAACUGAUGGGAUAAAAGUUUGUGAUCGCUGGGUAAAAGACCCAAACCAAGCAAAGUUUGUGGUCUAGUUUUAUUUUGUUAUCUGUUAUUUUCCUUUUUACUCUUCUUAAACCUUGUAAUUUGUAUGUAAAGAAUGUGAUGUUGUAAUGAGUAGGGAGUGGAUGUGUUGGGUGAUUGGCCAGUUUUCCUCUACUUUUAAGUUGGAAGAUGAGCAUGAGGGAUGUGUGCUGUAAUUGCUUAUCAAAUAAAAAACAACUUCUUUUAUCUUGAGAA